CUCCCAUAAAUAAACAAGUAAAUAAUAAAUUAAUAAAUUAAUAAAUUAAUAAAUAAAGAAAACAAAAUCCAAGACUCCAAAUAAGAAAAAACCAAAAACCCAUUUGUCAAACGGAACACUUCCAGCAAGUCUCUCUCAAGAUUCAAUCACGAUUCAGCAACUUGAUCAUACUUUUUAAUAUCUUGAUUUUCGGGGAUCAGUGAUUUCAUUCUGAUUCGAGAUACCCAUAUAUAAUAUGUUGGGAGAUGAGGUUUAGAUUCAAGAAAUGGGGUGUGUUCUGGGAAGAGAGAGGAGUUUGGGUGUGGUUACAGAGUCUAGGGAGGAGAAGAAAGCUAGUAUUGAAUCCAGUAGGAGGAUAGAGAAUGUGACAGUGUCUAAGACGGAGAGUAGUACUGUCGAGGUUCAAAAGGAGGAUGCCCAGAAGGAGGAAAAAGCUGAUGGGGAUAGAAAACAAAGAGGGGAGAGAAGGAGGUCAAAGCCAAACUCGAGGUUGAGUAACCCACCCAAGCAUUUACGUGGGGAGCAGGUGCUGGCUGGGUGGCCAUCAUGGUUGGCAGAUGCGUGUGGAGAGGCUCUCAGUGGGUGGAUCCCGCGGAGAGCAGAUACCUUUGAGAAGAUUGAAAAGAUUGGGCAAGGGACAUAUAGUAACGUGUACAAAGCUAAAGAUGUGUUAUCAGGUAAAAUUGUUGCCCUAAAGAAGGUUCGGUUUGAUAAUCUAGAACCGGAGAGUGUUAAAUUUAUGGCUAGAGAGAUUCUCAUAUUGCGGAGGCUGGAUCAUCCAAAUGUUGUAAAAUUGGAAGGUUUGGUCACUUCGAGGAUGUCAUGUAGUUUGUACCUGGUCUUUCAGUAUAUGGAUCACGAUCUGGCUGGACUUGCUGCAAGCCCAGCUGUAAAGUUUACAGAGCCACAGGUAAAAUGUUACAUGCGUCAACUACUUUCUGGACUUGAGCACUGUCACAGCCGUGGUGUACUUCACCGUGAUAUUAAGGGCUCAAAUCUACUUAUUGAUGAUGGAGGAGUACUUAAGAUUGCUGAUUUUGGAUUGGCAACAUUUUUUGAUCCAGAUCGCAAGCUCCCCAUGACAAGUCGGGUGGUCACUCUAUGGUAUCGAGCCCCCGAGCUUCUUCUUGGGGCUACUGAUUAUGGCGUGGGUGUGGACUUGUGGAGUGCCGGAUGCAUUUUAGCUGAGUUAUUGGCUGGGAAACCCAUUAUGCCUGGCCGUACAGAGGUGGAGCAACUGCAUAAAAUCUACAGGUUAUGUGGUUCACCAUCAGAUGAAUACUGGAAAAAGUCAAGGCUGCCAAAUGCAACCUUAUUCAAGCCCAGAGAACCUUACAAGCGAUGCAUUAGAGAGACAUUUAGUGAUUUUCCACAAUCAUCACUGCCCCUGAUUGAUACUCUUCUUGCUAUUGAUCCAGCAGAGCGUCAAACAGCCGCUGCUGCAUUAAGAAGUGAGUUCUUCACAACAGAACCUUAUGCUUGCGAACCUUCUAGUCUUCCAAAAUAUCCCCCAAGUAAGGAGAUGGAUGCUAAACGGAGAGACGAUGAAGCUAGGAGACUAAGAGCUUCUAAAAAGACCCAAGGUGAUGGUACAAGGAAGACACGAACACGCGAUCACCAUGCUGCACGGACAAUUGCUGCUCCAGAGGCCAAUGCCGAACUUCAACCUAAUAUUGAUAGAAGGCGUCUGAUAACACAUGCAAAUGCAAAGAGCAAGAGCGAAAAGUUUCCCCCACCACAUGAGGAUGGAGCGCUUGGCUUUCCUUUAGGUGCAUCGCACCACAUUGAUCCUGCUUUUGUUCCCCAAGACGUCCCCUUCAGCUCUGCCUCAUUUGCAUAUUCAAAAGAACCAGUUCAAACCUCGUCAGGUCCAUUGGUCGAUUCUUCUAGCACAGGUGCUCCAAAGCGAAAAAAGCACGGUGCAGGUGAUUCACAAGACCCAUCAAAAGGACAUCAAAGGGACAGAAAUGGUGAUUCCCAGGUCAAAGGAAAGAAAAUCGUAAUUUGAACUCAAUGCUUUCUUAAGAGAGAGAUUCAUGAAACCAGCAGACUGCACAUGCAGACACGGUUUCAUGAGUCUUUCUGCUACUUGAAGAAACAAGUAAAUAUUACUUGGGGCCUAGCCUUUUCCCUCAUAGAAGAACGUAUUGUUUGGUUAAACUGUGUAUCCAUUAAGGGAUGAAAUCAGUUUUUAUAUAUAUUUUUUCCCUUCACAUCACCAUUCUUUUUGGCCGAAGAAAAAGUUCUCCAUGGGAUAUUGAGAUGUUUUUCAACUGUUAUGUAUAUUAUGUCUCUUUAAUUUUUUCUUUCUUUCUUAUUUUUAGUUUUAUGUUUUUGUUUUUGAUUCAGUAAGUUCUUUGUGCUGAAAAUUGUACAAUUUUUAGAUCACUGGGGAACACACAGUUAUAAACUUCUAAUAAAUGCUCCAAAUUUAC